AUGUAUUCUCCGUCGUUGGUCCUGCUGGCGACCGUUGCGGGCGCUCUUGCCCGGACACCAGCCGGCUUCGAGCCCUCGAGCAACACCCAGCUCAUUGUCGAGUACAACAACAUUGCGGCGAUGAACGGGAUGAUGAUCUCAAAAGAAGCAUCAUCAAAAGCGCCCAGGCUGGCGACGGCCGAGAAGCUCACGGGCACCUUCGCGGUCAUCAUGGUUGACCUCGACAUCCCCAGCAACACGUCGCGGACCAACACGCUGCUCCACUGGAUGCAGAUGGGCCUCACCUCGGCCGACCGGGCCACCAUGCUCAACACCACGAGCGGCCAGAACAUGGCCUUUGUGCUCGAGAACAGGCAGAACACGCCCGCCGCGGCAGAGUACAUCGGGCCCAACCCGCCGGCGCGCAACCCGCUGAGCCACCGCUACACCGAGAUCCUCGUCAACGUCGACAACCUGCAGGCCGCGUCGAUGAACGCGCUGGCCACGGCCGCGCGGACCCGCCUCGGCUUCAACGCCAUGGAGGUCCUCAUGCGCGCCGGGCUCCAGAACAAGGUCGUCGCCGGCAACUUCUUCAACGUGACGAACCCGGGCCCGGCGACCGGCAACGGUGGCAACGGCGGCGGGGCCAACAGGACGAGCACCGACGGCGGCCGCACCAACACCGGCACCACCACCUCUGCGCGGCCGGGCGCCAGCAACACCUCUCUGAUCAACGCCGGUGCCGUCAGCGGCGCCCAGCCGGCCUUGCUCCUGGCCUUGGCCACUCUCGCAGCUGUCUUUUUGGGUUUCUGA